AUGUCAAGCCCUCUCCAAUCUUUAAACCACUCAGAUUCAGGAAUGGUUGCUACUGGGCAAAUCAAAAGACCGAAUGAGACUAAGUCAUUAGAAGUCAAGAAUCUAUCAAUCCGAAAAAAUAGCCCAGCGAUUUGUUUUGAUCCAUCUCUGAAAGUGGCUCCCACCAGGAACUCAAUGAUGUACACCAGAAGGGCAGCUAACCCAGCCUAUACUGACCUUACUGGAGUGCUAGUAAAAAACAAGAACCUUUUAGCUGAGCUAAGAAAUCUUCAAAGCAAAAUCUUCAUAAAAGAAAGUUCACUGAAAGAAAUGAAGACUGAGCUGGAAAGUUACAAAGAAAAUAACGUGCAACAGUCAUUACAGAUAAUAUCCCUGAGAGAUGAUGUCAAGGAUCUUCAGGAACUUAUUUCUUCUCUAAUGAGAAUUAAGUGUUUGAAAAACACCAAUAUUAAGACUCUUGAAAGAGGCAACUGCAAUCUAACUGAAAGAGUUACAGAACUAGAAAAACGUCUAAGAAUACAUCUGAUUGAAAGAGGAAGAGCAGAGCGAAAGGCAGAUCUUUUGGAGAAAAAGUUAUUCACUUGCAGAUUUCCUCCUUAUAUAAGUAUGGAAGGACAAGAAGAUUCCUUGGAUAUUGUUCCAGUGAGGGAUAUGGGUGAAGCCAUCGUGGCUACCAAUAUUGACAGCAACAACAGUUUUUACUCUGAUGGACUAAAUGAUGGACAGAAAAUCUGGGAAACAUGUCCACAGGAUUUGCUGCUUGAGGAAAACCAAGCCUGUGAGUUAGACAGACCUCCAUAUUCCUGGAGCUGGGAAUCUAAACCCAUGCAAUCUCAACAUCAGAAUUUCCUCGACCAGUUGUCCACUCUUCUAAGUGACAGCAUUGGCCCCAUACCCGCCACAGAGGAAGCUGUGAAAGAGAGGAUCCAGGAAAUUGGUGCAAGUGAACAGUCAUGGAAAUCUAGAACAGAAGACCUGCAUCGGGAAAUUCAGACACUGAGUAAACGUGUAGAGAAGCUGCAGCAUGUUUAUGAAGAAUCAGCUGAGCAAUCCCUAGCAAUGGAAGAAAAUGAUAAAGAUCACAAAAGGCUCUUACAAUAUCAGGAAGGAAACAUAGCUGUCAAUGACUUUUCUCAAGGGAGCUUAGACUUGGAUGGGAAGAAAGAAAAUCUCAAGACUCAAAACUCACAGAUAAAUGAGCAUAAGCAGUUAAAAGAGUUAGAAAUGUUAUUGGAUAUUCGGCAGAAUUUGCAGAUGGAUACAGUGCCAAGAAUGGAGGAGAAAAUUCAGAAACUUCAGAAACAGCUCAGUGAUUUGAAAUUGUCAAAUAAAAAUAUGAAAACUCAACUGACAAGAGUAAAUGUCCUUAAAGACAAAACAAUUGAAAAGCUCAGACAAUCAUUAACAAAAGUUGAAAUGACAAAGGAGAAACCAGCUAUGACAGCAGACAAUUUGAAAGCAACAUUAGUUUCUGCAGAGCAAGAGUUGAAAUCAGACUCUGAGGGCGCCCCUCAGCUGCUGUGUGGGGUGGCUCCUGAGCUCCCCGCAGCUAAGAGUACACCUGAAGAAGUAUCAGGGCGAGAACAAGAGCUCAGUGACUUUCGAGAAACUAUUAUGAAGAUGCUAGGACUGAACAUGAAAACAGCAGACAAGGAAGUCAUUAAUCAGCUAAAGCUCAUUGUACAAGUUUAUGAAGUAUCUAAGAAACCAAAGAUUUCUUCUGGUUCUAAGACUGCACAAGACAAUCAGUAA